GAAUUUGCAUUGCUGUAACGGUCAAACUAUAUUUUUAAAAAGAUUUUAUCAGAAAAGUUGUAUUGCUCCUCCAAUUUUCUCUUGUCCCUUUUUCUGGUAAAUAGUUUUCUCCAAUUUUUACCGCGCUUUCGGUUUGCUAUAUUUGUAAACAAUGUGAUGAACGAAUAUCGAUUUUAUCUGACGGGAAAAGACGCCAGCACGUGGCGGCGGCUGGUAGGCCGUUACUACUGGUUACCGGACAGUCAGAUCAUCUCACACCUGGUGGAGGUACACGGUCUGUCGUGUAAAGCUCACUGUUCACUGGACAGCACUCCUGAAGCUGAUGAAUUGGGACUGCCUGUCAGUGAGUUUAUAUAUGAAGAUCCAGAUGCAGAAGAAGAAACAGAGCCAUUUACCAGUCUUGAUGGUCAAGUUGAUCAAAACAGGACCAAUAAGACCAACAGUAAUGCACAAUCCAUGGAUCCCCAGGAUUUGUUUUGUCAGGGUCUUAACAACACAGGACCUCCACCAGCCAGCCUAGGCAACCGAUGGGCCAGUACCUCUGCUGAAGAAGACCAGAAUGGCUCAUUCUGUCAAGGAGCAGUCAUUACACAAAACAUCCAUGAUUCAACACAACACAAGAAUCAGGCAGCAGAGUUAAGUUGUGAAGGGCUCCCCAGUGUGACACAGGGACAAGAAUCGACUCCUUCCAGGGGAGCCAUGGAAACCUCUCUAUUGUUACGCUGUGAACAGUCACCAAGCGUCACUCAGCCCGCAGAAACGGAUCAUUUUGAUGCGGCCUUGCAGACUUUAUUAUUGAGUGCUGAAUCAGAACUUCCUCCAACACAGUGCAAUUCUUCAGUGCUACCUUUGGCUUCAACUCAUGGAAAUUUGCCAAAUCAUUCACAGAAUGAUCAAGUGAAUUAUACUAGUUGUGGUCCAUUGAAUUCUACUAGUCAAGGGGUCAGAGUUCAGAGAACAAUGCCCUCAAAUUACAGUGAAACAGCUUUAUCUGGAAACUCCAAAUCUGUUAUCAAUUGUGAAGCAUUUAACUCAACAUCCAUCACUGCUUACCUUCAUCAAGACAAGAAUAGCCCAGCAUUUGAUAAAUCAGUUACAAAAACAGUGUAUUCUUGCGUUGUUGAACCAGCUUUAUCUGAGAACUCCAAUUAUGUAGCUUUCAAUGAUGGAGAGAAUCUUCAGUCUCCACUGACUGCCACAGAGAAUCUUCAGUCUUCACUGACUGCCACAGACAAUCUUCAGUCUACAUCCACUGCCACAGAGAAUCUUCAGUCUCCAUUGACUGCCACAGACAAUCUUCAGUCUCCACUGACUUCAACAGAGAAUCUUCAGUCUUCACUGACUGCAACAGACAAUCUUCAGUCUUCACUGACUGCCACAGACAAUCAUCAGUCUACAUCCACUGCCACAGAGAAUCUUCAGUCACCAUUGACUGCCACAGACAAUCUUCAGUCUCCACUGACUGCAACCGAGAAUCUUCAGCCUUCACUGACUGCAACAGAGAAUCUUCAGUCUCCAUUGACUGCCACAGAUAAUCUUCAGUGUCCACUGACUGCACCCUUUAUGCCAGUAAUUGUCAGUGUUGAGUCAUUAUCCAAGGUCACUGAGAAGGAAAGUCCAGAGCCUGAUAAAUCGGUGCCUGUACCUGCCUCUAGUAAGCAGGUGCUGGGUAAACAACCAGUGGUGGUCUUGUUAAAGAACAAGAUAUUACACACCCUGAUGGAGGCCCAAUUUAUACAAACUUGCGAAGACAAGAAGGCAGCAAACCAAGAAUCAGUCAUAAAGAAGCUCAGCACCAGAACCCCUACCACAUCUGACAAACCACAGGGAGAGGACCAGCCUUGUGAAGGCUCUUUGGUGAAUCAGGACUCCAUCCCACCCCCAGUAGUUGACCCAUCUGAUUUAUCAGACUCUGGCUGUAGAUCUUCUAAAGCACCAUCCAAAACUUCAUCAGCAUUAAAGAAAACAACAAUUCAAAAGCCCAGCAGAAAAAAUCUUGAAUUUGGUACCAAAUAUCCUUCACCAUCAAAAGACACUGAAGCUGAAGGAAGAAAGAGAAAAGGAAAAGGGAGAGGAAACUCUAAAAAGAAGAGAAGACCAGAUCGAUUCUGCGUUUACUGUAGACAAAUUAUCAAAGGGGGAAGAAUAGCCGAUCACAUGAGGGGAAAACACAAGUUGGAACCAGAGGUGCAGGCAAUUCUAAAGAAGCCGUUUGAAGCUCAGAUGAAAUUUUUCACUGCUAAACGGAGGGAGGGAAAUUACUUGUACAAUCUUCUCCUAAUGGACAAAGGCAAAAAUCAGCCAUUGAUGAGAGAAAGGACCCAAUCAAGAUCCAAAGAAGAUGAAAUAAAAGUCUGUAGUGAUUGCAAAGGCUUCUACUCCAAACGCUGCUUCUUCAAACAUAAAUGUGUGUCCGAUGAUAUUUCCAGAGACACUAGAAGACUCAGGAAAGUCUUCAUGGAUAACAUGGAAAAAGACAUAGGCUUCCAGAACAUUCUUGGUAGGUUUGUUCACGGAGAGAUUGAUGAGUUCUGCAAGUCCAACAACUCAAUAAAAACCAUGGGAUACCAGUAUUAUAAUACACAUCGAAUGAAGAAAGGGAUGAGUGAAGAAGCUAGACAAACUGCAAUCACAGACAUGAGGGAAUUAAGUAGGUUGUUCUUCCAUUUCCGUAUCAUCUGCGCUACAGGAAGAGCAGUAGAAGACAUGUUUGACACAGACAAUAUGAAGGACUUGAUGGAGGCCAUGAAGCUGUUGGAGGCCCUGAAUGGAUCUAGCAACUAUACGGAGACUGGGGAGGAAUCAGCCCUUUAUAACACUGUCCUACGAAUGGUGAAAUCUCUGGAUGAAUUUUACACCUGUACCAGACAGUUUGAAACAAAGAAGGACCUUGUAAACUUCAAGAAAUCAUUCACCAGUAAAAUUAAAAGAUUUACUGUAAAGAAGCAGACAAGGAUACCAGAACUGGAUGCUCCCCCAGAGCCAUCUGGUAAUGCUUCAAUGGAGGCAGACAAUGGUAUGUGUGAGUUAAUUACAGAGGAACCCAGCACAAAACAAGUCACAUCUGAAGAUACCACAAAACAGGGUACAUUUGAAAAUACGUCAUCUAUUAUAUCAGCAAGAAAACACAUUACUGGGGAUGUUAACACUGAAGAUACAACAACUGGAAUGUCGGUCACAGAACACAUCACUGGAGAAGAGAGCAGUGAACAGGGUACAUAUGUUGAUGCAUCAACCAAUACAUCGAGCAGGAUGCCAGCCACUGAGGAGGGGGUCAGAGAUGUGGGUACAUCUGAUGAUUCACCAAAGAGGAAAUCGGGCAGGACACCAGUUCCUAAACAAUUUCCUGAUGAAGUGAAUGGAUCAACCAAGAGAAUCAGACUGGAGAAUGUCCAUAGCGAGGCUGAGGAGGAGACAGAAAAAUGUCCUGUUGAAAAGAUUGGAAGAUUCUCAGUAAAAUGGUCUAAAGAAGAAACCCACCUGUUGAGGCGUCAUUUUCAUAGCUACAUAUACACACAGAAUGAUAAAGAUGACAACACUGGAAAUUUACCAGGUAAGAAAGAAAUCCAGGCCUUUUUGAAGUCCCACAGCAUUGGUUGCAUUAAAGAACUAAAAGAGAAAACACAGAUCCAAAAAAUCAGAACCAAGAUUUUCAACGAAAGGAAAACAUCGCGUGAGAGAGGAUGGAAAAAACUGCGGGAAAUGGAAGCUGCAAAACGAACUGUGAUCUGAGCCGUAUAGUUAGCAGAACAUCAUUGCAAGUUAUUGCAGAAAAAAAGAAACUCAGAAAAAAGAACAGUUUCUGAUUUGUAUUAUGCAUUACAUUAAUACAAGAAGAUAAGGAAAGAAAAACCUCAAUGUACUACCAAAUUACAUGUAAAGGCACAAUGCACUUGAGGAAUAAGUAAUUGAGUAAUAGACGUGAAAAAGUGGUGUACUGAGUAGUCACAGUAGUAAUAACAGCUAGAAUGUGAACAAAAUAAACUGUGUCUGGUUGAGUUGAACAUCAUGCCUCAACACAGGAAAAGAAGAGAAGUGAUCUGCAAAACAAAAUAAAGAAAGCAAGAGGAAAAAAUUGGCAAAUAUAAGAGUAAUGUCUCACUACUGAAUAGACACAAUAGUGAUAUGGGCAAGAACGUAUCA